GAACUGAUGUGGAUAUGGUCCAGGACCAGGUGAGAGGGUUAAUGCUCUCUGACGCGUGAGGAUUCAGGUUGGGUCGCAGCAGCUGCGGACAAUCAGCGCUGAUUCACCGCCGGUUCGGUCCCGCUGCCGCUCGACCCUCUCCGGUCUCUCCGGGCGCGAGCCGCUCAGAACUCUCACGGAACCGUCAGACAUGCCAUACCGGACCCGUAACCUGGACACCGGGGAUAAACGCUCGCCGGAUAAAUGACUUGAGAAACUCCCGGUGAAGUGAGCGGCGGCUGGAAAUGAAUGUGACCGGGAAGCAGCACCAGCCUGAGUCCAUUGAGCGACCCGCCAGCCUCCCGGUACCAACCUCGACGAAAUCUGGAAUAGCUUUGCUGUUCAAUGAGGAGAGCAACAACACCUACGACGUCUGCCUGAGACUGACCCGAGACGCGCUAACCAUACAGAAGCUGGAUGUGGUUUGCACAAGUGGAAGUGAGUCCCAAGUAAAUCACAGAACUGUUGUACUGCGGAGACAAGCGACCGGCGGUCUGGGCUUAAGCAUCAAAGGAGGUGCUGAGCACAAGGUGCCCGUGGUCAUUUCAAAGAUCUUUAAAGACCAAGUAGCCGAUCAGACGGGGAAGCUGUUCGUCGGAGACGCCGUUCUGCAGGUUAAUGGGAUUAAUGUGGAACACUGCACCCAUCAGGAAGUUGUUCACCUCCUCCGUACCGCGGGAGACGAGGUCACCAUCACCGUUCGCUACCUGAGAGAAGUCCCGUCGUUCCUGAAACUGCCUCUGGGUUCUCCGGGUUUGGGCCACAGCCGAGUUUCCUCUCCGCUCUUCGACAGCGGCUUACAUUUAAGCUCAAAUGGAAGCAACACGACUCCGUCACCGCCUUCGCCAUCAGCUGAAGAACCAAAGUACGAGAAGCGCUGGCUGGACGCCGUCUGCCUGCCCCUGCUGAUGGCCAGAGUUUCCAGAUACAAAGCCGGGACGGAUAAAUCCAGGACCAACUGUUUUGAAGUGCUUGCCUUGGAUGGAACCGACACCAGUAUUCUCCAGUUCUGCACAUCAGCAGAAAGCACAGACUGGCUCCAAGCAAUAUCUACAAACAUCAACGAUCUGACGCAGGAGCACGUAAAAAUAAUAAACAAGUUCUGCUCUUCAGAUGAUCAGAUUGUUCACAUGGGCUGGGUGUGUGAAUGUCCAGAGAGCAGAGCCACUGGUCGACCUUCAGCGCUCAAGUUCCUGGCGCUCAGAGGAGCAUAUUUUUAUAUCUUCAAAUGUCCUCCGAUCGACACCGCUGACUGGGGACAGGCUGAAACCACAUAUAACCUCUAUGAGGUCCUUUUCAAAGUUCACAAGCUGUGGAUGUCCGAGGACUGCUGGCUCCAGGCGAGGCUGUACCUGGGAUUGGAGCUCUCCCCGGAGCAGCAGGACGUGGAAUCCCUGUGCUUCAGCAUUCUGGUGGGUCACGGCCAGAGCCACACCUUCAGGGUGGAGCUGGCCUCGGAGCUGGCCGUCUGGGAGAAAUCCUUCCAAAAAGCCGUGUUCCUGGAGGUCCAGCGGAUACGGAAGUUUUGGUGAUGCUUCCCGUCUCAUUCAACUCCUGCAGCUGGAAGUUUGAAGACAUGAAACAGAAAACAGACUGGGGUUGUUGUUGGAGCACGUUCGUGAGCGGCGGUAACGACGUCGGUUUACCUGAUGAGCCGUUGGGUGAUUUUCUGUAGGAGCAGCUCGUUUGCACAUCUGAGGACUCGUAUGCUUGUGAGGACGCGUGGAGACGUCUCAGAUUUGGCUGAAAUGACACAAACGGCGGAAUUUUAUUCAGAUUUAUGAUCAGAUCAGGAGUUUAUUAAAACAGAACCUGGAGGCAGAUUUAACAGGAUCUCAAGGUCAGAACAAAAUGAACCAAACAAAUGAAAUUACUUAGCAUCAGUUCCUCAUCUACUGUCUCCUCCGUACCGGUGGUCUCCACCUUCGGCCCUGGAGCCACAACUGCUUCUUUGGACCCUCCACUCUGGUGCCUAAAACCCUAAAAAUUAUUUUAAAAACUCACGUGUUUAAACAUCCAAAAGAGCAGAUUUAAGAAGCUUUUCAUGUUUUUAAUGGAAUAGUCAUUGAAUUUCUACAACAGACACCAAAACCAUCAGUUUCCGUUCCGUUGGUUUCCACUAACAUCAACAUUUCAUUCACCAUCAGCGCCAGUGGUUCAUCCAGAACAAGUUCAUUUACAUUUAUGAACACAUUUUGUAUUUUUUUGUGAUGUAAUUAUAAAUCUACAGUUUUUAAUUGCAUCUAAAAGUUUAUGUUUCCAUAAACGAUGUUUUAAAAUGUGUUUAGGAAGCUAAAGAAUAAUCCUCACAUCACUGAGCCGUUAAAUUACCUCUGAAGGGGAUUUCUGAGAAGUUUUUCUUUUGUUGAGAAGAGAUGAUUCAGCGGUUCGGUCUGAACGUCUCCUGUCCAUCAAAAGGAUCAAACACUUGUUUGUUUUUGUCAUUAAGGCUGAAGGUGAAGAUUAAGUCUGGCGAAGCUUGGAGGAUGUUCUAAGGAACGUUCCGUCCUCAGAAUGAACCAUCUGACACGAUUCAGGAAACCUUUUGUUCUCAGUUUGAUGUUUCACCUCCACGUUUGAUCUGAAAGCACCAACUUCUCCUGAGGAGUUUAGGAACUUCUCCUCCCAUCUUAUCUUUGGUUAAAAAGGAGGAAUGAAGAAUCUUCCUGCAGCCAGCUUUGAUUCGGGGGGUCUUAGGAAGGAGGAGCUAAAGAUUUAAAAACAUUUUUAGAUUUAUAACUAGAUUAAUAGAUUAGAUUCAAACUCCACAUCCCUUAAGACACAGUUGAAAGUAGUUAAAGAGCAAGUCACCCCCCUACCAGAGUCUAACCCCACUCCCAUUUCCUGAAAAAUGCACCACAAGGAGGCGUUGCCUGGCAAACCGAAAGGGCGGAGCCACUAGCAAAUUCACAAUAGCGAUGGCAGAUUAAAAUUAUAAUGUAGUGCAGUUUUUACUUGAAGAGGGCACAACACUGACAGUUUUGGGCAGAAUAUGUAAAUUUUAACUAAGAUGCAUUAAAGUGCCAAAUUAUUGACUACACGUGUCUACAGCAUGACUAGACUCAUUAAUAUAGUUUAGCAGCACAAAUGUUGAUUAGGGGGGACUUGCUCUUUAAAUCUGCCGUUUUUAAAGUCAUUCAAUAAGAAAUAGUUUUUCAACGCUAGCAAAGAUAGCUAAGAGGUUGGGCAACAAAAAACUAUUCCAUGGAUGAAAACUAUUCCAUCAGCUUAUGAUAAACAAGUUUCAAUACAGCAACAAUCUUAUUUCCUUCUUUUAUUCUCUUUUGUCUUUCUGACCUUUCUUCUUUCCUCCCUCCCUCGCCCCUUGUUUCCUUCCUUCCUUUGUUCCUUAAAUGUGAUUUUCUCUUUUUUCCUUUGUCCCUCUCAUCCUCAACCAUUUCCUUUGUGAAACGUUUUCAUUUUAAAAACGUUAAAACUCUGAUAAUCAAACCAAAUCAAAGUCCCGUCAGACGUCUCUGCGCUGAUGGUUUUACAACGAACUCCAGACCUAGCGGCACGAUUUCUUCAGCUCUGUUUGAGUCCUUUCCGUUUCGUUUUUCCAUCAGAGAGAAAUUUCUAAACCGAUACCUGCUGUUUCUUUUAUCCGAGUCUCAUCCGGCGCAGAAAAUAGCAAAUUUUACUCAGCUAUUGUAACGACGUCGGGUUCCUGCCUGGAAGCACAACUUUAAUCAUCCGUAUGUGCCGUUUCGCCGCUUCCUCACUGAGCUCUAAAAGGUCUCGCUCAGCCAUGAUCACACAUUGUGUUCAGGAAUUAAGUCGGAACGCCACAUGUCGGGUCGGACUCUUCAUCAAACGGCCGGCGGUCCUUCUGUAAUCCUCUCCAUUCCUGACCUCUCACCCCUCUGACAGGGGCGAUCAGAGAUAAAGGCCGACGCCUGAGAGCCUUAGAGCUCAGAAUACUUCAUCAGGAAUAUUUUACAUUUGAGCAGAACUUCUGUCACAGGAAUCUUUAACGGGUCGGCACCAGAACCGGCAUCUAGAGCCAAAACUAUCAUUUUAUUUUAUAAUUUAAUAAAUAAGUAAAACACCAGUAGAUCCUCCACUAGGGGGCAGCACAUGCUCAGGACUGAUGAAGGUACUAGACCUGAUGCUCCAUCUGGACGCUUGAAGGACAGAAGUGGUUUAAGGAUUUGUGACGAUGGUCCAGAUGUAUUUAAACUUUGUCUGGAACAACACUGUAACUUAUUCUUGACUCUGCGUGUCUCUAAGAUUAAUAAUCUGCAGUUUUUCUGCGGACUGCACGGUGGUGUGGUUGGUAACAAGAAGGUAACAGGUUUGAUUCCCAGCUGCAGCCUUUAUGCCUGUAGUUAGCAUGUUCUGCUCCUGCGUGUGAGGGUUUUCUUCCAGACAAAAAACAUGCAUGUUGGCUUAACCAGAGAUGUGAGUUGGCGCCAUUUGGUUGUCUCUUGAGUGUCCCCUUGAUGGACUGGAGACCUCACCUGGUGACUGACGAAGACACCAGCUUCCAGAGACCCUAGAGAGCAAUGUUGGAAUGUUUUCUGUGGUCCCUCCCUGUCCCGCCGCCAGAGAAACCAGACUUUAACUCGGCAGGAGGUCGGUCCAUGAGGUGUCUUUGUCUUUUGCACAUUUAAUAAUCCAUGACUUUGUUCUUUUUUAUUUUACACAGCGCAGUAAAAUAACGUUU